GACGCUGCUAAGCAUCUCGGUUCCAUUUUCCCUGCCCAGUUAAAAUCCAAGCCAAUCGCUAUCAUGAAAGGUUCAAAAGGCUCCGGAGCAGAAGACCGCCGGCCGCCCCUUUGUUAUAACCUUCAUCAAUGGCCGGCAGGGCGGGAGGCUCCACUCUUGUCGUUUUCCUAUACUUAUAAAUCUUAUGUUAUUCGUCUCUGUGAAGUUCAAGUCAGACGUCGGUCAGACCUGCGUCGUAGCGGAGAGGAAAGGAGGAACAGGAGGUCGCGAUCGUCUCUUCUUCCUCUUUUUCUCUCCUUUAUUGUUGCCUAAAGUCUAAGCCCCAGCAAUUGUUUGUUUCACAUCUCGACUACUUGUGUUUCUGCGGCUAUAUGUGGAAGGAAUCUCCAAAAACUUUCAGAAGGAUCGAAUUCUUUCAUCGCAUAUUAGAGAGUUUGGUUUUGUCUCCGGUCCCGAACUGGUAUGACGUCUGCAACUGGGGCAGAUGGUAGUGGUGGUAGGGCCAGUCGUUUUUAUCGUCGAGACAACGAUUGGUUUUGUAGUACUAGUCUUCAAAGUGACAUUACUAUUGAAGUUGAGGGAACACUUUUUCAUCUUCACAAAUUUCCUCUUAUUUCAAAAUGUGGGAAGAUUGCACAAAUAAUUGAAGGUUCAAAAGAUUCAAAAGAUGACUUGCAUACAUUAUUGGAGGGAUGUCCAGGAGGAUCUGAAGGAUUUUUGAUUGCAGCAAAAUUUUGCUAUGAGAAUAAAGUGGAGCUGAAGCCAGAAGACAUUCUGAUGGCACAUUUGGUUGCUGAUUUUCUUGAAAUGACAGAGGAAUAUAGGGAAGAUAACUUGUUAAUGCAGGCAGAAAAUUUCAUUCACAAAGUAAUUCUUCGGAGCUGGAAUGAUUGCAUAUCAACGCUUCAGAACUCUCAGAAUUUUAUUUUAGAAGCUGAAAAACUUCCAAUUGUGCAGAAGUGUCUUAAUGCCGCAGCACUAAUGGCAUGUCAGGAUCCUAGUUUUGUCCGAAAGUCUACAAUGUAUGGAAACUUACAGAGUCCUGGUGGAAGUAUACUAUGGAAUGGAAUAAACACUGGAGUUAGAAUCAACAACACGUUAUCUGAUUGGUGGUUUGAAGAUGUUUCAUCUCUCUCUUUUCCAAUAUUUAAAAAAUUUAUUGAAACAAUUAACAUCCAUGGCAUAAGAUCAUUAAAUUUAGCUGGUGCACUGAUGUUCUAUGCUAGGAAGCAUUUGCAUGGACUUGAUCGGUGGCAGAAUCGGCAAGGAGGAGGAAGAAUUAGAACUUUGUCCAUUGAUUUAGCAGCAAUUGAUCAAAAAAUUUUAAUUGAAAGCAUUGUAAACCUCCUUCCUGAAAAUAAAGGGAAGUCUUACUGCCGCUUCUUACUAGGACUUUUACGUCUUUCGAUAAUGCUAGAUGUUGACAGGUCAUUCAAGGAAUUGUUGGAGAGGAGAAUAGGGAUGCAGCUUGAACUGGUUACACUGGAUGGGCUCUUGAUUCCCAAUUUCUCAGGGUCUGAUAAUUUAUAUGAUACAGACUGUGUUGAGCGUAUUAUUAGGCAUUUUUUGUCAUUCCAUUCACUGAAAAUUGCUCCCUUAUCAGCAUCAUCAUCAUAUCCUGCGAUUCCACAGUCCUCUAGUAUUUUAAGCAAGGCAACAAAAUUAAUUGAUGAUUAUCUUGCUGAGGUUGCCCCUGAUGCUAACUUGAAGCCUCAAAAAAUGCAAUCCCUUCUGGAGGUUUUCCCAGAGUACUUCCGAAAAUUGGAUGAUGGAAUUUAUAGAGCACUCGAUAUCUAUUUAAAGGGGCACCCGCAGCUUCAAGAAAAAGAGAAAGAAAAGCUCUGCCAAGCCAUAAAUUUUGGGAAGCUUUCAACCGAUGCAUGCAUCCAUGCAUCGCAGAAUGAGAGCCUUCCACUUAGGGCCGUCCUCCAGGUCCUGUUUUUUGAGCAACAACAACUCCGUUCCACCCUUUCCAAAUUAAAUCUCAUUACAGAAAAUGAAAAUAAUGUGGCCUCAAAUGUAAAUGAAAUUUUUGAAGAGUUUACAGAAAGAGAAGGCUGGGUUUCUGUUGCAAGGGAGAACCAAUACCUGAGAGUAGACAUGGAACGCAUACAAUCUAAGGUCAGAGAGCUGGAAAAUCAGUUUAUGAUCAUUAAGAAAGAUAUGAGGAAGUUCUCCAGACGCAGCAUAUCUAGAUAACUCGUUCUAAGCCUUUAAAUGCAUAUAGAGACAACAAAUCAGAAAGCAAAUUCGCUGGAAGUUUGGGUCAGCCUCAGAACAUCAUCAGACAUCUAAUGCCUUUCAUGAUUAUACAGAUUAUUAAGCUCUGAUGGAAGCAUUUAAGGCAACCUCUCAGUUUUGAAAAGGUAGAUUGUUUAAAUUCUAGUAAAAUAUGGAACUCUUUGAAGGCCAGGUGUUUAGUUUUAUCAGAUUGUGGAAAUGUUUCAGUUUUUCACAGAUUUUGGAAUCACUAAGAAGUGCCAGUCUUGGUCUAGAUACUGGAAUCGAAAGGUAUGGAUAUACUUGGAUAGAGUUAAGUGCCAAAAUAAAUAGUCCCAUGCAUAUUUACAUGAGGUCAUUUUAGUCUCAGUCUAUAAAAUGUCAAGGUUGUCCCCGGACUUUAUUAAUAUGGGCUAAAAUAGUGACAGAGGUCUGUUUUAGCCCACAUUAAAAGAGUCGAUGGACUCAAAUGGCCUCCCGACAAACACUUUUCUCCCGGUUGAUUAAACUAGAAAUGUUUGGAUGUGAUGGAUAGCAGUAGCAGUCAUUCUUGUAGAUCAUAAUCUCUUUUUCUGAUGAGAUAACAGUAGCAGUAGCCUUUUAUAAACUUGAAGUAUGUGUUUGUGACAGUUACAAAAUUCAUGCUCAGGCCAUCCCAUGUAUGGUUUGGAAUUGGCAAGUGUUAGUAUAAGCUAACAUGUUCUCUUUUUAUUUAUUUUGG